AUGCCUCUAUAUUCCAAGUUUUUGAAGGAGCUUAUCAACAAGAAAAGAAGAUGGGAUGAGCAAGAAACCAUAGUGAUUACGGAGGAAUGCAGGGCUUUGAUUCAAAAGGGGCUUCCUCCCAAGCUUGAGGACCCAGGGAGCUUCCUGUUGCCAUGUGCCAUUAGGGAAUUAACCAUCACUAAAGCAAUGUGCGAUCUCGGAGCAAGUAUUAACUUAAUACCAUCUUCCCUGGUGAAAAAGCUGCACAUAGAGGAAGUCAAACCAGUGCAAAUGUCUCUGGAGCUGGUAGAUAAGUCAAUGGUGCACCCUAGGGGUAUAGUUGAAAAUCUGUUGGUUAAGGUGGAUAGUUUCAUAUAUCCUGCUGACUUUGUGGUUCUAGAGUCAGACGAGGAUGAUGGUGACUCUGUUAUACUAGGAAGGCCAUUCUUGGCCACUGCUAGAGCCAUCAUAGACAUAGAGAAAGGGGAGUUAACUCUCAGGAUGCAUGAUCAGAGUGUCACUCUGAAGGUCUUACCAGAGGCACAGUUUAGUGAAAAGAAGAAAGACUAUAUGGAAAUUGAUAAGGGAGGAUCACAGCUGAAGGAAAAGAAUGACAAGGAAAGUCCCAGCAACACCCCAAGGCCAAGGAUUGUGCCAAUUAAUGAAGAAGCCCAAGAAGAUAUUGGAAUAUUAGCCACUGAGAAGAGAGGUCCAUUAACUGCAUGCAUUGUCUAA